UUGUCAAAAAAUGCCGCCACCGGCCGGCCACAAUUUACCUGCAAUUUAUUGAUAAAUUGUUAUCAGUUUUCGUAAUUAACUUCAUUGGCACUUUUAAAAACCUACUAUUUUUUCGAUCAAAACACGGAACGACGAAUAAUUUUGCCAUAUGUUUGGCUGGACAUGCAUUGAAUAAAGAUAAGAAUACUCUCAACAAAAUGAAGGUGUCAUUGAAAUACAAUUUUCUCCUCGUCACAACGAUCGCAAUAUAUUUAUACAAUUCAAAACUGAUAUUUGAUAAAGUUUACGAAACAUCAAAAAUAGUCAUUGACGAACUAUUCCACAUACCCCAAGGCUUGGCGUAUUGUAAAGGAAACUUCUCAUACUGGGACCCCAAGAUAACAACCCUCCCAGGACUCUAUUUAGUGUCAGCGGCUACCGUCGGCUCGUACUUUCCGUGCACGAGUUACAAUCUGAGAUUGAUCAACUUGAUUGGGUCGUGUUUUAAUUUAGUUUUGUUCUCUUCGAUGUUAAAAUUUAUAUACGGCACUCAUAAUGAGAGUCCGUUAAAAAUUGUAUUGCAAGCGUUAAGCUUAACCUUGCUUCCCCCUUUGUAUUUUUUCUCCCACGUAUAUUACACGGAUACAUUGUCGCUUCUGUUCCUUUUACUUUUUACACGGUUAUGUUUCGUUAACAACAGCAACUGGUUAAUAUUCAUCACAGGCAUGGGUAGCGUUAUCAUGAGACAAACUAAUGUUGUCUGGGUAUCGAUGGUCUUGGGCCACAGGAUGUUAAACAUGCUGAUUAAAAGCUCAAGGGUGUUCGGUAAUCGACAUUUAACCAAGACAACGUUGAACAAACGCUCAGUCAUUGCUCGUGAUAUCGAUGCAUCCAAACUUAAACGAUACUACGGUAUCAAUGACGUUGUUGUCGCUUUGAAAUAUCAUCUAUCGACAUGCUUCACGACUGCCUUUAAGUUUAUUUCACUCUCAGAUUGGCUUAUAAUCAUUCAGCAAGUCAGUGUGUUGGUAUCUUUCAUGGCGUUCUUGUAUGUUAACGGCUCAGUCGUGGUCGGUGAUAAGCAAGCUCACAAAAUGACCCUACAUGUACCACAAUUGCUGUAUUUCUUACUGUUCUACGGUGUGUUCGGAUUGCCAUAUGUUAUUACUAAAUCAUUCUCAACGUUGAAACUUAUUUUUAAUAAUAAAGUGUAUGUACUUCUAAUAGCCAUUACAUUUGCUAUAAUCGUUCGGUAUAACACUGUGGCCCAUCCAUAUUUGCUGGCUGAUAAUCGCCAUUAUACUUUUUACAUAUGGAACCGUUGGUUUGGCAAAUAUGACUUUGCAAUAUAUGCAACGAUACCCGCUUACAUAUUUCUGUUAUUCAAUUUAUAUGAUAAUUUAAAGGAUCAGAAUUGCAUAUCGUUCCUGCUACCGUAUUCUGUGUGUCUGUUUCUAGUACUUGCAUUGCAAAAACUUGUCGAUAUCAGAUAUUUUCUAGUCCCAUAUGUUAUAUUAAGGUUGAGAUUCGUUCGGCCAUCGUUUAACAUGGUCAUAGGGGAGCUAGUGUGGUAUAUGUUGAUAAAUGUGAUCACAUUCCAUCUGUUCUUUACAAAAGAAAUAAUUUGGAAAGAUUUCAAUGAUAUCCAAAGAAUAAUAUGGUAAUAAUUAUUGUUAAUAUAAGAAUUUUGUGUGAAAUUUUAUGUAUGGAGGGCAGUGGUAUUUUUUUUCUUUUUGGCUUUUGGUAGUGAAGUUUCAGCCUAAAAUAAAUGUUGCUAUGUCAUUGUUUUUAAUAAUAGUAUAUAAGAUAUAUUUUAUAACAUCAAGCGUCAAUAGCUCAAUGGUUUACGGGCCUAGUGAUGUAAAAUGUCGCAGGAUCGAUCCUGACCCAUUGGGCUAUUGUCGUCCCCACUCCUAACACAAGUGAUACGGUUAAAAGGAGGGGUAAAUAGGAAUAUUAUUAAUUCCUUAAUUAAUUUGGGGCAUUGCUACUAUUCUUUGUAAAAAAUAUAAUAUAGGAGAAAGGAGAAACAAGUAAUUAGCAGUCUGUCUUGUCAGUUGUGUCUAUGAGUGUGUGUAUGUGUCAAGAAGCGCUAGAGUGUGUAACUUCUUUAGAAGAUACGAUUCAAAUGUUGCCAAAGGGAAAUAGCUGAUUUAUAUGAAUAGUUUUAUUGAUAACAUUUUUGUAAACAUUAAUGACAAAGUUAUUAUGAUAUUUUAAGAGAAAAUGUACACAAUAAUUAACCGUGUUAACAAACUCGACUGUUUAAUUGAUGUUGGCAAACUGUUAAAAUAUUCUAUUUUUAAUUAUUGCGAAAGAUACGCCAUCUUUAAUUUAUUUACUUCAAGUUCGUUUUAAAUUUUUUCAGAAGAGUCUUCCCUCUAUAACUUUGUGUGAUAUUUAUUUUUUUACAAUGGUAACUUUGAUCAAAUGAUCUGCCAUAAAUGAUCGUAUUAUAAUAUUGCCCUAGGUGAAUAAUAUAAAAUGUAACUUGUCACUAAUAACAAUACUUUCUUGUGGGGUUUCUUUUGUUGGGAUAGAGUAAAUCUAUGCUGGCUGGCCAGACGAACCUAUCCAAACGUUUCUACCUAUUCUGGAGAGUAUACAAAAUAUUUAUCUAUUUUACAUUU